GGCUCGGUUUUUAGCGAGGUGGAGAACAGCAUAUUCGCUUGGAGUUGCAUUCAACAACGUGUUCAGAAAGGACUGACCACGCUACCUUUCUAGAAUACUCAUACAACCCAUAUCAUAGACAUAACUCAAUGCAUCCAUCUGCACAACGCCAAACACAAACACAUACACAAUGACAUACAAUAGGAAUGGUGCGGACUCUGGCACUGUCACAACAAAAAAACACGGUAGCGACAGUGAGAGUGACUCGGAUAACGUCGCGACAGAUUUAGAGUACUACCGAUGCCCGCUGUGCUUUCAUAACGUGCCUGUGGGUAACCUUAACAUUCAUACGUUGGGAUGUCCGGGGGUGUGUGGAGGUACUACAUUGGAGAACGGCGAGGAGAAAAUCUCUUCAUCAGAUGUUGAACCUGAUUUAAAUUCGAAUGAGGAAACCGAAGUCAAACAAGAAGCAGAAUCGGAUAGCGAAACCGAAGUAAAUGGCCAGACGCAAACAAGGCCACGUAUUCAGCGAGCACCUAGAGGACAGGGCCAAACGCAGCCACGCAUACCCGCUGGACAAGGAAAUACACAGCCACGUGCAAAUAACGGGACGAAUAACGAAACGGGUGCGCGUGUAGGUAUUGAUGUCGAUGAUUGCUCAGACUCGAGCGACGAUGUGAUCUUUGAGAGCGUUCGCAUUGGAGCGGGAGGGAAGGGAAAAGCGAAAGCGCGGAAUACCAAUACCAAUUUAAUUGACUUAAUUAGCAGUGAUGAAGAAGGUAAGCAACCGCGGUCGGGUGCAGAGACAGGUCACGGAAUUAGAAAACGUAGGAGCUCAGAGUCGGGCCACUCCACGUCCAGCGGUAGCUCUAUUGCAAAUGCGAUGCACUGCAACACACGAAGCAAUGACAAAGGCAAAGAUAAAGUUGACGAAAGCGGUCCAAAUAGCGAGGGUGGACGUAGGAGCGGUAUAGAUUUUGACGGUAGGCAUAGUAGCAGUACGCACACGCGCGGUGGCAGUAGCAGCAGGCAAUCGAGCUCACAGAAUAGUAAUAGGAGUGCUCAGGUUGAGCAUUCACAGGGUGCUAAUAGUACCGGGAAUACUAAGCAACCUAGCAAUAGGAGAACCUCCGCGAGAGGUAAUAGUGUGGAUGUAGACAUGGAUGUGGAGAUGAACGCGAGUGAUACCGAUUGCAUCGAUGUGGAUGCUGUGGAUAACGAUUCUCUUAGUGACUGGCAAAUGGUUAGAGAUCGCUUCAG